CAACAGCGCGUAUCCGUUGUUGCUCGAAUAAAAAAGCGCCUAACACACCCGUGUCAGGACUCGUAAGAAGAGUUGCUCUCCCGUAGUAGCAGCCGCAAAAAAACUAAAAAAAAAGAAUCUUGUAGAACCUCUUCGUGUUCUAUACUACUUAUCAGAAUCCGUUUCCGUUUGAUUCAUACCACGCCUUUCCCCAGUUAUCUCGUCUGAAACAACCAAGAACCAUGGCUACCACUUCAACUCCCGUUCCUGCUGACAUUGGCAACGAAAAUCCUACCACCGAAGCCCCUGUCGCCGUCCCCUCCGCCUCUACUGCUAGCGACAAUCCUUUUCAAACGCCCUCUCUUUACGUUGGUGAUCUCGCGCCCGAUGUCAACGAGAGUCUCUUGUUCGAGAUUUUCAGCGCGGUCGGUCCCGUCGCUUCCAUUCGUGUCUGCCGCGACGCCGUAACCCGCCGCUCCCUUGGCUACUCGUACGUUAACUUUCAUCAGAUGGCAGAUGCUGAGCGCGCGAUGGAUACAAUGAAUUUCUCGAUGAUCAAGGGCAAGCCGUGCCGUAUUAUGUGGAGUCAGCGUGACCCCUCCCUCCGUCGUUCGGGAGUUGGUAACAUUUUUGUCAAGAACCUGAACGAAGCGAUUGAUAACAAGCAGCUCUAUGAUACCUUCUCCCUCUUUGGAAACAUCUUAUCCUGCAAAGUUGUCACAGAUCGUGAGGGUGGUGUUUCUAUGGGUUACGGCUACGUUCACUACGAAACGGCUGAAGCUGCUAACGCCGCCAUUGAAAAACUCGACGGCAUGUUGAUUGACGGCCAAGAAGUUCAGGUCGGUCACUUUAUGCGUCGUAACGAUCGUCCCGAUAUUGAUUCAUGGACGAACUGUUACAUCAAAAAUGUUCCCUACGAAUGGGAUGAUGCUCGUUUGAACCAGGAGUUUGCCCAGUUUGGUGAAGUUCUGAGUGCUACCGUGUCUCGCGAAGAUACCAACCAGACCCUUGGUUUUGGUUUUAUUAACUUUGCGGAACACGAAUCUGCCGUUGCUGCAGUGGAAGCGCUCAACGGAAAGGAGUACACCACCACUUUAGAUGGUGAGGAAAUUACCCAACAGAUCUACGUUGGGCGUGCCCAGAAAAAGUCGGAGCGCGAGCGUGAACUCCGUGCCAAAUUCGAAGCCGAAAAAAUGGAUCGUAUUUCCAAGUUUCAGGGUGUCAACCUUUACGUUAAGAAUCUUGACGAUUCUGUUACGGACGACAUGCUCCGUGAUGAAUUCGCGGUGAUGGGUACGAUUACGUCGGCUCGUGUCAUGAAGGACGCGAAAGACGGACGUUCCCGAGGCUUCGGCUUUGUGUGCUAUUCUACUCCCGAAGAGUCCACUCGCGCCGUCAAUGAGAUGAACGGCAAACUUAUUGCGAACAAGCCUAUUUUCGUCGCUUUGGCUCAGCGACGAGAAGUUCGUCGUGCUCAGCUGGAGGCCCAGCAUGCCAAUCGUGCGGGUGGCCCUGGGCAACCAGGCAUGAUGCGUGCUCCGAUGGGAGCCCCAAUGGGAUACCCUGGUAUGCCCAUGUACAUGCAGCGUCCUGGUCCCGGAGGAGGCAUGCAACCGGCCUACCCCAUGAUGCCACAAAUGAUGGGCCCUGGAGGUCGCCGUGUCCCCAUGGCUGGACGUGGUGGACGCGGGCGUGGCCCCAUGCCCGGACCUGGUCAACAACCGAUCAAGUUCAAUCAGCAGGUUCGUAACGCUGGGCCUCCUAUGCAGAAUCAACCUCCCCACCAGCAAGGUGCUCCUCAAGCUAUUCCCCACGAGGGUGCUCUAACGGCUUCGGCUCUGGCCUCCGCCUCCCCGGAAGUCCAAAAGAACAUGAUUGGCGAGCGUCUUUAUCCUCUGAUUCACCAAUCGCAGCCUGAACUUGCGGGCAAGAUUACCGGAAUGUUGCUAGAGAUGGACAAUUCCGAAUUGUUGCAUCUUUUGGAAAGUCCGGACGCUUUGAACUCCAAGAUUUCCGAAGCACUACAAGUUCUGGAAGCACACCAAGCUGGCCAGGAGUAA